AUGAGUAACAAUUUACCGAAAUUUCUGAAAAGCUUGCUUUCUGAGAGCUCAUCUUCAAGCCAUUAUAAUAGUCAUAAAAGCAAAUCAUCUUUUACAAAUAGCCCAUACUUGAAUUCUUUAGUUUCGUCUCAAUCAAGUUCAAAUAGGCCGAAACCUUAUCAUCCCAGAGCAUUUAGCCACGGCUCACUUACUUAUCGGCCAAGAGCUUCUCCUGAUAAACCUAAAAAUUCAAGUGUAAAGCAUCGUAAAACAUCUUCAGAAAAAUCUCUAACUCCCCCCUAUCCUUGAUUGAACGGCUCGCUAUCGUUCGAUCAAUGAUGUGGAUUAAAAAAAAAUUUUAUAUAUAAAAUAAAAAAAAUAUAUAUUUUUUUUUUUAUUUACUUUUAAAUUAGAGGGUUAAAGAGUAUUUAAUAAAAAUUUUUACAUCAAAAAAUUGAAUUAAUUUCAUAAGAAUACCAAUUUUUAAUAUUUUGAUUUAUCAGUUACCACCCCUUUAAGCUGUAUAAAUUUUAAUUUGUUCCUUAUUAAAUUAAAUUUUUUUUUUUAAAUUUUAAAGAAUCUCUAUUUUUUAGAUUAUUGAGUUUUUAAGCCUAGGUUGAUGACUAAAUCACUUCGAAUGGGUUGAUUUCGUAGCUUUCUGUCGUCUCAAAGUCUUUUAAAACAUUUUCAUUAGGUACAUCUUCCCAAGCUUUUGAUAACUAAUAUAUUUUUAUAUAUAUAAAAAUUUGCAUAUGAAAAUCGUUCGAUCAAGGAUGGGGGGUUAAUUUCCCCAAUUUUUAGGAAUUUUUACAGUCAGUAGUUCGAUCAAGGAUGGGGGGAGUAAGAAAUCUAUUGAAACAUCUGGAAGGAAAACAAAUAGUUAAGGCACCUCAAAUCUACCCAAAUCAAGUGUUUGCAGAUUAUUACGAUUAGAUUAGAUUAGAUUAGAUUAGAUUAGAUUAAAGCUGUGUGUUUUUAUAGUCCCCACUUCCAAAGUCUUCGCGUUCCGCAGCGGACCCGCUGCGGGGUGAGCUCCAUAAAGGCACUCGAGCCCGGGCCGAAACCCCCGGUUUCUCGGUAGUGGCAAUUUCCCUCCUGAUCCGGGUCAUACGGAUUUUGCCGGGAACCACGAAUUUCCAACUCGAGGCCAUGUCUACCCAACCCUGCUCGCCUCUGGCCAGAUCGCCCCUAUUGAUCGGGACCCUUUUCGACUGGAGAGACACCCGCCACGGAAGGACAGGCCACUCGUCUCCGGCCAUUUUAUGUAUGCAGAUUAUUACGAUAAAAAAGGAAACCACGAUCGCUUGGUUGAAAUCAAUGAAUCUAUUGAAGUGUAUAACGUUCCUAUGAAAAAUAUAAAAUAUGAGCUUGAAAAUUAUAAGAAUAACCGAUUUGAAAACUCAAAAACGAGCAGAGAGAGCUGAAAAGAAAUAAAAAAAGAGAAAAAAGCCAACCCGAAACCUCCUGCAGCCAGAGAAAAAAUAAUUAGCACUUUAAAUGACUCGAAAUACAAAACUGUCGUAGAAAAAGAGGAGGUUUCACAUUUAAUCAGGCCUAUGUGUGUUGAAAGACAUUUGUACGAUAAAAACCGGUUUAGAUUUUCCGAUUAA